AUGUCCUUGAAAUCCACCCUUGAGGUCGCCUCGGCUAAGCUAUCAAAGACCAACGAUACCAGCAGCAGCAGCAGCAGCAGCAACAUCACUGGCCCGUCGUUCCUGGAGGUCUUCACCGUCAGCCAGACCACCCCUCAGUCAGCACCAUCGACGCCCACCGGCAACCCGCUGGAUCGGCUGGCCAUUCCCGGCCGCCGGGCCGAGCUGGACACCCUGGUGGGCCUGGUGAUCGGAGCCCUCCGCGGGCAGGCCAGCGGCCGGGUGUACGUGUCCGGCCGGCCGGGCACCGGCAAGUCGGCCAUGGUCUCGGCCCUGGUGUCCUACCUGCGGCACCAUCUGGCCGAGCAUCGCCCGGCCGUGCCGGUGGCCGUCAUCCGAGACCUGCGCAUUGUCAAGGUGAACUGCGUGCGGGUGACCAGCCCGCGACAGCUGCUGGACCAGCUGGCGGCCCUGUUGAAUUCCACCGGCGGAGGAGGCUCCGCCAGUGUCGCCGGGCCAUCCGGCGGCCAGGCCGCCAGCAGCAGCGCCAGCGACGCGCUCACCGCGGCCAGCACCUUCUCGGCGGCCUCCUCCCCGCCGGUGGUUCUGUUUUUGGACGAGAUCGACCACCUGUCCACCGAGUCCCUGUACACGGUCUUCGAGUGGACCCUCCUGCCGCGGGCCCGCCUGGCCGUGGUCGGCAUCGCCAAUGCCUUUGAUUUGAUUGAGCGGGCCAUGCCGCGGUUGCGGGCCAAAAACUGCGAGCCCGAGCGCAUGGUCAUCCUGCCCUACACCCGGGCCCAGCUGGAGGAGGUCAUGCGGCAUCAUGUCCGGCAGAAUGGCGCCUAUGGGCCCCUGCGCACCGAGGCCUUCAACCGCUGGGCCAAGAGCCACUCCGGCGGGCCCCUGCCGCCGCCCCAUGGUCCGCUGGCCGAGGCGGAGCCCGACCUACUGAGCCCGGCCGGCGCGCUGCAGGUGUCCCUCUGCGCCAGCAAGGCCGCCGCUCACGGGGACACCCGGCUCGGGCUGUCGCUCCUGCUGGAAGCGGCCACUUCGCUGGUGACCCAGCAGCAGCAGCAGCAGCUGCAACAGCAACAGCAACCUUCCGGGGAAGGGGCCUCUGCCUUGGCGGCGGGCGAUGGGCCGUCCAGUAUUGCCAGCGCUGGCCAGUGGCAGGACGCCGCCGGCGCCUCGGACCCGGGGCCCAAUGCGGCGCCGGCUCCGGCGGCGCCCCCCCCGCCGGUCCAAGGGAGUAUCUUCGCCGCGGCGGCGGCCGCCCGGGCCGCCUCCCUCGGCGGGGGAGCCCCCGCCCCCGGGACACUCUUCCCUUCGCGGCCUGCAUCGGCUGGGGCCGUCGGCUUGGGGGCCGACAGCCGGCCGUCCAUCUUUGCCGGGCGGCCGUCCACCGCUCCGGCAGCCGGGCCCGGGAUCGCUGCAGGGGGCGGCGCCGGGUCGCUGCUGGCCUCGUUGCCGGCGCACCAGCGCACCGUGAUCCAGAGCAUCCGCGACCUCUUUGAGCAGGCGGCCCUCGCCCGGCUGGCCAGGGAAGAGGAGGCCCUGCGCGCGGCCGGCCCCGGGGGCAGCAACCCCGGCGGGCCGCUCCCCGCAGGGACCGCCCCCCUCGGAUUGCCCUUCUCGAUUCCCCCCUCACUGCGUAAUGUCUUUGACCGGUACUCCUGGCGGUGUCAGCACCCGGGGGCGGCCACCACCGGGCCGGGGACUUCUUCUUCCUCCUCUUCCGGCAGCCGUGUGGCCGGGCCCCCGCAGGUGGCCCUGACGCCGGUGUCGCCGGCCACCUUCAUGGACAUCCUGGACCAGCUGCUUGGCCGGGAGCUGAUCCGGGUGCUCAGCCCGCCGGUGUCCGGGCCCGGGGGGGCGGCUGCCAAUGAUGGCGCUGCCGGGUCCCUGAUCGACGGCGGCCUGGCGGCCAUCUUCUCCGGGAAUGUGGGGGCCGGGUUCGCCGGCGGCGGCGGGUCUCGGCGCACCUCGCGCCUCGGCGCCGCGGACAUUUGGGAAUGUCGGGUCACCCUGACCGGGAGCUUUGCCUCCUCGCUGGCCGGCGAUGGUCUGUGA